GAUAUUCGGUUAUUAAUUAGGUUUCCGGCAACCAUCAGUUUAACAGGUGUCCGGACUCGUGAAGUAUGAAGGAACAGGUUGCGUUAGCGGGCUUGGCCUUGUGUCUCGUAUUAUCGUCUGUAGCGGCCUAUACCGUCCCCCCAGCCCAAUUGUCACUGAUUUCACCGAAGGGACUAAGGAUUUCAAUUCCAGAUGGACCUGGGAUUAGCCUAUUUGCCGUACACUACAGCAUUAACAAGGCCUUACCAGGAGUAGCAGCCGGGGAUUGGAACUAUGAUGUGACAAGUCCAAAAAAUGGUUAUUGGGUUCAUGAAAACACGCUAGUGACGGUGAAUGAUGGUGAUGUGGUCAACUACUGGCUAUAUGUUCUUUACAAUGGACUUGGUUAUCAGGAACUUGAUUUGUCUUGGACAGCCUCUGAAUCGAAGCCAACUAAUGCUCCACCGAAAGUGCCUACGACCAUACCAGGUGACGGCGGAGAUGCUGGCACAGAUGCACCAGGUUCUGGAUCGACGCCAACUAAUGCUCCACCGAAAGUGCCUACAACCAAACCAGGUGACGGCGGAGAUGCUGGCACGUCAGAUGCACCAGGAACAUUGAUAUUUGAUGAACAAUUCGACACGUUUGAUCUCGAUAGAUGGGAACACGAAAUUACAGCAGGAGGAGGAGGGAACUGGGAAUUCCAGUAUUAUACAAAUAACCGUUCAAACAGCUACGUACGAGACGGUAAACUGUACAUUAAACCCACUUUGACUGAAGACAAAUACGGCGAUGGAUUCUUAAACAGUGGUGUUCUGAACAUAUGGGGCGCAUCACCGGCUGAUCUUUGUACCGGUAACUAUUACUACGGCUGUGAGAGAUCGGGAAGUGCUAGCAACUACAUCAACCCUAUCCAAUCCGCCAGACUUAGGACUGUCAAAUCCUUUGCAUUUACUCACGGUAGAUUGGAAGUCGAAGCUAAGAUGCCGACUGGAGACUGGCUCUGGCCAGCAAUCUGGUUGCUCCCGAAACACAACAAUUAUGGUGGAUGGCCAGCGUCUGGUGAGAUUGACCUUGUCGAAUCCAGGGGCAAUCUCAAUCUAAAAGACUCAAAUGGUGACGAUGUUGGAGUCCAGCAGAUGGGAUCCACAAUGCACUGGGGUCCAUUCUGGCCAAUGAAUGGUUAUCCUAAGACUCAUGCUACAAAGACGUUAUCGAGUGGCACAUUUGGAAGUUCUUUCCACAAGUAUGCAAUGGAGUGGACGGCGGACAACUUAAAGUUUUUUAUUGACGAUGAAUUAAUUCUUACUGUUGAUCCAGGCAGCGAAGGUUUCUGGGGACUGGGUAACUUUGCCAAAGAUGCACCAGGCAUUGAUAACCCAUGGCAGUAUAGCAGCAGCAAGUUGGUACCAUUCGACCAACCGUUUUACCUCAUUAUGAACGUUGCUGUGGGAGGCACUGCUUAUUUCAGCGAUUCGUUUACAAAUUCUCCGUAUCCAAAACCAUGGCUUAACAACUCACCAACUGCAGCAAAGGACUUCUGGCUGGGCAAGAACAACUGGUACCCUACCUGGAACCCCGACACCAACAAUGGUGAGGAUGCUGCCAUGCAGGUGAAUUAUGUGAAGGUCUGGAAGCUAUAAUCAACAUUUACGCCCCCAAAGUGCUGGAGAACAGUAGUGGUUCAUUCUGCUGCUUGGAGUCUUUGUUUUUCUUUGGUAUUUUCAGGAUGUCUUUCUCUGUUUACAUUUUUGUUUUUUCAAAACUUCAGUUUUUAAGCGCAUAGCGACUGUUUCUCUGUAAUUUCAUUACCAAAAUCACUAUUUGUUCUCGUUCGAAUUUGAAUUAUUUGAAAAAAUAAUCAUUAAAUUUAUGAUUGUUUUAUGUGUCCUUUCUGUGUUUUAUUCUCAUAUAAUUGGCAGUGGACAGAUGGUAAAACAGCAUAAGUGAAUUCAAUCAAUCGAUCACUCCUGUACUUAAUCGUUUACCUACCUUCUGAUAAUUCACUUACCCAAUCACUCACUUAUAAUCAGUCGUUUACUCAUCACUAACUUAAUCACCCACUAUUCACUCAAUCACUAAAUCAAUGUCUGGUUCUACAUGUCGAUAAUAUUUCGGGUAGCGAAAAACAUAAUUCCUAUAACCUCUCGAAAUAGCAUUGCAGUACCCGCUGCUAUAAAGCGAAUGCACGACGGUCUAGUGGUUAUGGCUCUGGUUUGAUUCCCACCCGAGUCACUUGCGAACUUGUUUUUCGUAAUUUGGGAACGUACUGAAUAAUCAGCAUGAUAAUACGUCAUUCUAUUAAGGUUUUUGAUGCAAGAAGAAAAAAAAAAAAAAGCAGCUCCGGAAUAGAAAUGAAUCUUUCUGCUUAGCCGCCCCUUGAAUAAUGUUGCUAAGCUUGUGGGACGUUCGUGUGCGCUUAUUAGAUGUGCGCGUAUUCCUAGCCCUGUUCUGGUUGGUCAGUAGUGAAUUUUGAUUGACACUCCUGAUAAGGCACAUUACAACUUCCAGGAUACAACAAAGACAAUAAAUAGCAGAAGAUAGAGCAGCUUCCCAAUAUAGUGGAACAUCAGUUCCAAAGGCAUUGUUGGUACACGGAGAGCAAUUGUACCCUCUCUGCGCAGCGGCGCUAUAUGGAAAUAAUAAACAGCAAACAGCAAUAAAGGUGCCGCUCUGGUUAGUAAAAUGUUCAAAUUCUACCCCAUCAAUUUCAAUACAAAAUCCGCGGAGCAGCUCAUUCUUCUGCUAUUUAAGUUCUUUGGAUACAAUUACACCUGUAAUCAUAGACCACUUCAGUCACAAGUUUUUAAUAACUACAGUUUGUUUAUUUGCUCUCAUCUGGGACCUCAAAUAGCGACUAAAAUAUUGUGACAUGAAACUAUUGUAGAAUCAAGUCUCUACAAGUUUGUAAAGUAAAACAAGUAAUUAAUCUGUGUAAUAAUAAUGAUGAUAUUGCGUUUAGAUAAAAUCAAUCAAUUUAGUGUAUCAGUUUCUAACAUUUAUUGAAAGAACCCUAUGACAUGAAACUAUUGUAGAAGUCUCAAUAUGCUUGUUAAGUCAAAAAAGUAAUUAAUCUCCAUAAUAAUGAUGAUAAUGCACUUGUAUAAAGUCAAUAAAUUUAGUGUAUCAGUUUCUAACAUUUAUAGAAAGAAGAAAAAUAAAAAAAUGCAUAAUGAAAUGCAAGGCACUUCUA